UAGCCAUUUUUAAAUCAACGUGAUAAGUUUCAGGUAAACAAGGAUUUAAUUCAUGCACGUUCAUGUAUGUCCUAGAGCAGAAAAAUUUCUUUUACUGUAUCUGUACGUGAUAUUCAUUGGCAAACAUUUAAACGAUGAUAAAAUUAAUAUUUAAGGUGAUGUAGUUCUUAUACCGUCUGGUAGUCGUGAAAGUAUCUACGCGGUUCAAAGCACAGUAGUUUGUUUGUUAAAAUUAAUAUAAAAUGGAAACGUUGGAAAUCGACGAUGAACGAACUCAUUCUAUAAAAUUGCCAAGUGCUGUUGAAGUGUUUGCAAAUUUAAAAAAUGCUCAAAAAUUCGCGAUCGACAUUGGCUUAUCUUUGACAAAAAUAGCUUAUUAUUCAACGAUUAGUUAUCGUAAGGCAUUGUAUGAGGAUACAGGCUUAGGAAAUAGUGGAGAACGUGCAUACAGAGUUCAUGAAGGCAAUAGACUUCACUUUGUUAAGUUUGAAACCAGAUACAUUGAAAAUUGUUUGGAUUUUGUAAAGGAGAAUUUAGUAAAUGUUGAGAGGUUUUAUGGUAAAAACAUUAAAGUGACUGGUGGAGGAGCAUAUAAAUAUAAUGCUUUGUUACAAGAAAAAUUAGGUUUAAUAGUUGAUAAAGAAGAUGAAUUUGCAUGUUUAAUAAAAGGCUGUAAUUUUUUACUUAAAAAUAUAUCUUGUGAAGCAUUUGAAUUUGAAAGACAUGGGAAUCCUGAAUAUAAAUUUCAAAAAGCUGAUCCUAAUAUAUUUCCAUAUAUGUUAGUAAAUAUUGGUAGUGGUGUCAGUAUUCUUAAAGUUGAAUCUGAUAAAGUGUUUGAAAGAGUUGGUGGUACAGCUACAGGAGGUGGAACAUUUUGGGGAUUAGGUUGUUUGCUUACGAAAAGAAAGGGCUUUGAUGAAUUGCUGCAACUUGCAGAAAGGGGAGAUCACCGUAAUGUUGAUAUGUUAGUGAAGGAUAUUUAUGCAGGCGAUUAUUCCUCACAAGGUUUAUCUGCAGAUCUUAUUGCAUCUUCUUUUGGCAAGGUUACUUAUAAUGAUAAAGGAAGACCAAAGUAUUCUGAGGCAGAUCUUGCUAGAAGUCUUUUAUUUACUGUAAGCAAUGACAUUGGACAAAUAGCAAGUUUAUAUGCAACUGUACAUAAAAUGGAUAAAGUUUACUUUGGUGGUUACUUUCUUCGUAACCACCCUCUAUCAAUGCAUACUAUUUCAUAUUCUAUCAAAUAUUGGUCGAAUGGUAAGGUAAAACCUCUUUUCCUUCGUCAUGAAGGUUAUCUUGGUGCAAUUGGGGCCUUUUUGUAUGGUGCUGAACAAUCUGAUGAAUAUAGUUGGCUGGAAAAUUAUGCAGGGUCUUCAGGAUUUAAAGAUUCAAUAUCUACGAAUCUUGGAAUUAAAGUAGAUCAGUUGGAAAUUGAUCAAGCAGAAACUGCUGUAACAUUUUGUCCACUUUUGAAAGAUCCUGCAUCUUACAAUCCUGAUACAACUGAUCUUGCUGAGGAUAAAGAAGCAAGAGAUUAUUGGCUUCAGUGUCUUGAAGAAUCAGUGGAUAAAUUUGUGGCCAAAGCUAUUCACAGUCAGCCACAUAGUCCAACUGCAAAAGAUAGAGCAACAAAACUGAAGGAAAAAUAUGUUAACAGAUUGCAUUAUCUACAUCUUCAACCAUUUGCUUAUGGAACACUUACAGUCAGAGUAUUAUUGGAUACUAUUGAACACUGCAUGAAGGAAUUCGAUUUUCCUGAUCCAUAUCUACAUCAAAAGAAAAAGGAGAAUGAAGAAGCCUUAACAUAUUUAAAAAGUCGUAUAACAGUUCUCGAUGAAUUGGAAGGUGCGGAAAAAAUAAAAGCUUUGAUUCUGGGAGUUCUGAGUGGUAAUAUGUUUGACUGGGGUGCACAAGCUGUUGCAACUUUAAUGGAGACAACAGAUUUUGGUUUUGCUGAAGCUCAAGCAAAAAUACCGGGUAGACCUUGGCUACAAGAUGAUUUGGAUGAUUGGAUAGAGAGAUUGAAAACUGGUCCACCUCAUAAAUGUGCUGCUAUUUUCGUUGACAAUAGUGGAGUUGAUAUAGUAUUGGGAAUUUUACCGUUUGCUCGUGAUUUAUUGCAACGAGGAACAAAAGUUAUACUGUGCGCUAAUUCUAUGCCAGCAUUAAAUGAUGUUACAUAUCCAGAAUUGGUUGUAACAUUACGAGAUGCAGCAAAAAUAUGCAAAGUUAUUAGACAAGCUCUGAAAGAAAAUCGUUUGUUUGCCAUGGAGACAGCUCAAGCUAGUCCCUGUCUUGAUUUAAGCCGACUCAAUUUAGAUCUAUGUCUUGCGAUGGUAAAACAUAACGUCGAUCUUAUCGUAUUAGAGGGAAUGGGUAGAACGCUUCAUACGAAUCUUUAUGCAAAGAUGACUUGCGAAUGUCUGAAAUUAGCAGUUGUUAAAAAUCGAUGGCUAGCCCUUCGGUUAGGUGGUGACAUGUAUGCUGUAAUAUGUAAAUAUGAACGUCCACCAACGAAUACUAAAGUUUGUGAUAUAGAAAUAAAAAUGAAAGAGGAAUGUUCAUCAGAAUGUGCAGAGAAUGCAACGGACAUUUGCACGUGCAACGCAAAGGGAUAAAUGAUAAAAACGUAUGUGACUAUAUUAGAUUAUGUAUAUUUAAUUAUACACAUUGAAAGAUUUAUUUUAAUUCGAGAAACUGAAAACUGAUACAUUAAAGUAUUUCUUUACUUAUAUUUAAGUGUGUAUAUAAGAAGAAGCGAAAAUCUUCGUAUACUUAUAAUUUUGAAUGAAAAUAUUAUACAAGAAACAUUAUUUAAAUACUUUUUUAUAAAAUUUAUCGUUAUUCGUUUUCAAUAGAGUAAUUAUUAUACAAUUUAUAUAUAGUAUUUAUGAAUGAAGCUUGGUCCUCGGAAAUAUGUUUUUAAUAUCAUGAAAUCAUCUUUACCAAGCUUCGUGAUCUAGCCUACAUGUUUCGAAUAUGAAACGUAUUUCAAUGUAUUUGAAUAUGAAAAUUUUGGCACUGACAAGAAACAUUGGUUUCACCUAGUCAAAAAUAAUAAAAUUAUGUUCUUCGUGAUUUAGAGAGAAGAUGACAUAAAGGGAAUAAUGACGACCAAUUAUAAUGAUUACAGAUCUGUAUCAUAUAAAUACUGUACAGUACAUAUUCUGUGAUAAUGUAACGUUCUAAUAGAAAGUUACAUAUUCGUGUAAAUUAAAACAGUAAAUUGAUAGACAAUAUAAUAGAAUAACACAUAAAAAGUAAAACAGUUUAAGAUACCAAUGUUUUUUGACUUCGAAAUUUUUUGUAUAGAGAUCUAUCGCUUCAUGUAAAAUUAGGAAUUUUUUUGUUUAACAUAUUUUUCUUUGUGAAAAAGAAUUCAAGAGGAAUAUCACUUACAUGAAAUUAAUGAGCAAGAUAUGCGUCGCCAAAAAUGACCAAUUUGUUAGAAUACAGUUCUAAGAUUUUAUAGGGAGAAACGAAUAAAAGACAAAAAUGAACUAAAUACAGAACAAAUUGUUGAAACUUAAAACGAUGUUAGUAUGGUUUACAAAUUAAAAACUUCUAUGUGAACCAUUUGUUAAUACUCAAUCCAUAUACAUCUAUGUGAUAUUUGAUUUGUUUUGUAAAAUGUAAAUAAAACGUAAACUUCUUUGAGAUUUAAUUACAGGAUAUUCUAACGAUCAUUAAAAGUAAUAAUUAAUCAAGUCGAAGAAGUUUUGCUUUCACAAUAGUUUCAUUUGCGCAUUGUUUUAACCAAACAAAAACACAAUAUUGAUCUAACUAAAUUUUGUUAUAUUACAUACUUACGAUGUUGAUCUUUUACUCAUAUACACUGCUCAAAACAAUUAAAUGAUCAUUUUUCGCGUUUGAUUAUACUACUUAUUUACUAGGUAUAUAUACUCUUUUUUUUUUAAUUAUUGUCUUAGGGCUAAUAUUUGUCUCGAUAUCAUACGAAUAACAUGUCAAUCUAUCAAGUCAAUAAUAACGAUCUCCUAAUUAUUUUCAGCAGUGUAUAAUAUCUUAUUUUACGAAUCAAAUGCAAAUGUAUUUUUGAAUAAUAAAUUUCGUACAACAUA